CUCACUGCAACCCAGAUCUGUUGAGACAAUGGGUGGUAAACAUGCGUCGGGACAGAUGGAUGCCAACAGCCAGGUCUCUUUCAUGUUCCAAGCACUUCACACAAGAGAGCUUCCAUAGGUUUGGACUACGUGUUCAGCUCAUUGAUUCUGCUGUGCCAACAAUCUUUGACAUACAUGUACCUCAUCAUCUACAAAAGAAAGUUACCCAGCGGAAAUUUCCUGCUGUCCGUGUUUCUGCACCACCUUUGAAGGAACCAGAUGUUCAUUCUCGUCCACUGCCACAGCAAAGUACAUCAGCUAAUCCUCUGGCUGAGCACAGUUAUGCUACAAUGGAUUCGCCACGGAAAUUGAAGUGCAGGUUACACUUGUCCGAAGACAGACUGGAAAAAUGCAGAAAGAAACUAAAAGUAGUCCAUCAAAGAACACGCCGUUUGAAACGAAAGGUAGAGACCAUGAAUGGUGUCGUCGAUGAGCUACGGAAUGAUAAGCUGAUUUCUACAAAUUGUGUAGCCUUACUUGAAGGGACUGUAGACGGCAUACCUAAAGAAGUGAUGACUAGAAUCAUUGAGUGCAUAGAGAGGAAAAAAAUCAUCUGCUUAUUCUGAGGAGCUGAAGUCAUUUGCACUCACAUUACAAUUCUACUCGGUAAAGGCUUAUGAAUACGUCAGAAAGAUUUUGAAUGUUUAGAAUUAUAUAUACGUAAUUAUUUGGCAAUUAUUCAGCU